AUGUUUAGGCAGUUAUGUCAAUAUAUUGAGUUAGAGUUCAUUGGUCCUAGAGCAGAUCCUAAUGAGAAAAGAAUGGAAUAUCAAAGAAAGUUAAGUAAUUUGUCCAUCUGUAAUAUGAAGUAUGUUGAUGAUUACAUUAUGGAAUUUGAAACAUAUUAUUACAAAAUUGGUGAAAAUGAAACAAAUCUUGGAAUGUUCUAUGACAAAUUACUCAGUCCUCUUAAUGAAGAAAUCAGUGAAAAAUAUCAAGAAUGGAGAGAGAGAUUUUUAGCUAGGGAUUCCCUAGGUAACAGAAUUGAUUUCCUUAGAAAGUGGAUUGAAAAGAAGUGUAGAGAGGUUGCAGAAACUCAACAAUUGAAGAGACCAUUUCUCACUUGUUGGGAUUUCCCAAAUAACUAUGGAUGUGAAAGAAAAAACUAUAAUAAAAGAAAGAAAUAUAAGAAAAAUAAAUUUGACCGAUCAAGAGGAGAAAUCUAA